AUGAAGCUUCAUGAGGCCUCUAGGGUCAAGUGGUUGACGUGUGCUGAGAUCGACUGUGAAGAAAAGAAUGGAAACACACCUCUGCACAUCUCUGCUCGCUACGGCCAUGAGUUACUCAUCAAUACACUCAUCACGAACGCAGCUGACACAGCCAAGCGAGGCGUCCAUGGGAUGUUCCCCCUCCACCUGUCUGCUCUCAGUGGGUUCUCUGACUGCUGUCGGAAGCUCCUCUCAUCAGGCUUUGAUAUAGACACCCCUGACGACUUUGGAAGGACCUGUUUACAUGCUGCAGCAGCUGUUGGGAACCUGGACUGUCUGAAUCUGCUGCUCAACACAGGGGCAGACUUCAACAGAAAGGACAGCUUCGGAAGGAGUCCUCUGCAUUAUGCGGCAGCCAAUUGUAACUACCAGUGUCUCUUUGCCUUGGUGGGGUCUGGGGCCAGUGUGAACGAUCUUUAUAAAAGGGGUUGCACCCCGCUCCACUACGCUGCUGCCUCCGACACAGACGGAAAGUGUCUGGAAUAUUUGCUGCGAAACGACGCUAACCCAGGGAUCAGGGACAAUCAGGGCUACAACGCAGUCCAUUACGCGUCUGCGUACGGACACCGCCUCUGUCUGGAGCUGCUAAUGGAAACCUCAGGGACAGACAUCCUGAACGACUCUGAUGUCAGAGCUCCCAUCAGCCCCCUACACUUAGCUGUGAGCGUACCACGGCCACCACCAUGCUAUGGAGGUCCUGGUUCAGUCUCUGCUGGAUCUAGACGUGAGGAACAGCCAGGGCGCACCCCUCUGGACCUGGCUGCCUUUAAAGGCCAUGUGGAGUGUGUUGACGUCCUCAUCAACCAGGGAGCCUCCAUCCUGGUUAAAGACUUCACCCUGAAGAGGACCCCCAUCCACGCUGCAGCUACCAACGGUCAUUCGGAGUGUUUGCGUUUGCUGAUUGGAAAUGCUGACCUCCAGAGUGCAGUGGACGUUCAAGACGGGAAUGGACAAACCCCUCUGAUGCUGUCGGUGCUGAGCGGACACACAGACUGUGUGUACUCACUGCUCAACAAGGGAGCCAGCGUAGAAGCCAAAGACAAGUGGGGCAGAACAGCGCUACACAGAGGGGCGGUGACGGGUCAUGAGGAGUGUGUGGAGGCCCUGCUGCAGCACAGCGCCAGCUUCCUGGUUCGGGACUGUAAGGGGCGGACCCCUGUCCACCUGGCGGCGGCAUCCGGACACAUCGGGGUGCUGGGGGGCUCCUACACGCCGCCCAGUCAGUGGAGACCCUCCCCGUCAUCACAGACAACCAGGGCUACACGCCACUACACUGGGCCUGCUACAACGCAUUCGAUUGGUGUGGACGGAGCCAUGUGGGGGAAUGAACAAGGCUACAACAGAAUUAGGGGUUAUGACUCUCAGUGGAGGACCUUACACUGAAACAGGACUUUGUCAGGGAUUGACAUAGCAUAUGUUGUAGCUAAAACAUCUUUUGUGACUUCACCAUUGUCAGAUGUGUAGCUUUCUCUGAGAGUAUUGUUGUGGUCUGCAGCGACGUCAUCUUUUUCCUGUAUGAAUCAAUCUUCCACUAGGCCAUGACACGUGUGUAGAGGUGCUGCUGGAACAGGAGGUUUUCCACAAGACCGAGGGCAACUCGUUCAGCCCCCUCCACUGUGCUGUGAUCAAUGACAAC